GCUGCAGAUCUCUUGUCAGCACCUGGGAGCCCCUCUGCUGCAUCUCAAUCUCAGACUGGAGCAGCAGUAAUGGGUGUGAGCACUGGCGUGUCCGGAGAAGCUGUUUUGUAGGCAGUGCUCCAGCAGCUACAGCACAGACUGUGGCCUGUGCCCCCGGCUCCAUCCAUCAGCCUGCCCCGUUCCCAGGACAGCCCACACUCGUCCCUCUGCACUGCCUUUGCCCAUAGCUCCCCUAUCCCAAGGCAGGAGGGGGGAUGCUGGCCUUCCCCCAGCCAUCCUAGUCUUCCUUGCCUUGGCUGCAUCUCGGUAAGAACAAAGCAGGCCAUGCGUUUCCUUUUGGAGGGCUUUUAUUCAAAGCCAUCAGUUCCCUUAGGUCUGGGGAGUACUCUUGCAGGGUAGGGGCAAUAACCAACCCUUCAGCACCACGCUACGUGAUGGCUGCGGUGCCGGCGGCGCUGCCUUUUUGUUGGAAUAAACCUACCUGCCAGGGCUUUCCCACUGCUUCUCUUCCCCACGGCCAGCCUGGGCUCUGCACCUCCAAAGUCCCCGUGCAAAGCCGUGCCCUACUGCAGUGACCCCUGCUUCCUGCCCCUUCCUAAGCCCCCCCGUCGCUUCCAACACAUCAAAUGUGGACUUUGCUACAGAACCUCAAGGCAGGGAUGUCUGCAGCAGAGGGGUCUGAGACCCUUUGGGAAAUGGUGGGAUUUGGUCAUACCCGGAGUAGAGUGGUUUGAGAGAGAGUCCCCUUUGUGUGGAGCUGGCCCAGCCAGGCAGUGGAAGCACCAGUCCUCCUGGUGUGCCCUUUACUGCUCCCCGGUGGCCAUUUGAAAUGGGGCCUAAGGGUGGCGAGCCCUGUGAAUAAUACUUCUCAAGGUUAUUUAUACAAGCCGAUGGCUGGCAAAAAAAAUUGAGACUCCAGUGCCCUGAGCUGCUGUCCUUUUCCACCUUUGUCAGGGCUGUGGAAGGAGAGAUGGAUGGUGGAGCUAUAGCACGACAAGACUUAACCAUCUGCAGUUCCCUUGUGAAUUCCUCUUGCCUUCCCUUUCCCAUCAUAUCACAGUUCGGUCUUCAGGGAGUGCUGUUCAGUAGCUGGCUGGAAAGGGGUGGGGGAGGCAGCUCCCUCCGCAAAGGCCUCCUAUCUGUGUUAGGAAGAUUGAGGGAGGAGGGAAUAAAACAGAGCAAGAAAGAGGGAGGGUUCCUGAGAGGGCAGAAGAUGGAGCUAUUGAUCAUCUUGCUCAUUUCUGUUCAGAGCGCCUCGACUUUUCUCUAUAUUGAACUGUAGAGAUGCAUGGAGUUACUGGGUGGCCCUUCAAAUACCACUCUGUAGAACAAGAAGACACCCAGGUUUCAGCCUCACCUCUGCUCUCUGUCUGAGUUGCGUCUUUGAUUACUGCCUUUGAGUGCCAGCAGCAGUAGAAGUGCAGGGGGGAGACCACACUCUCCUUGCGGGGGAGCAGCUGUAGCAACACCUAAGAGGAAGUGUGAGAGCUUGUCCGUCUGAAGGUCGCUCAAGGUCCCCAGUUCUGAGUCUGAAACUCUUUCCUGCCUCAUUUACUAGGCACAUCACUUUAAAAUAACUGGUUUAUGCUGAUCUGUUUUUCCCCCUUAACAGCCACCACUUCCACAGCAGUUCAAGUCCCUACAGAUGGAGCUGAGGUCGCUCAGGAGCUAGACCAGGUGUUUGAAUCUGCUGAUACUUUGCCAUCACGCAGCGAGGCAGCUGCUGUACAGCCUGUCAUUGGGAUCAGUCAGAGAGUCCGGAUGAAGUCCAAGGAGAAGAAGGACCUGGGGACCCUAGGCUACGUACUGGGGAUCAUCAUGAUGGUGAUAAUCAUUUCAAUUGGAGCUGGCAUUGUCCUGGGCUACAUCUACAAAAAGGGGAGAGAUCGGAAGGCACAGCAGGAACAGAAAGCUCAGGAGCGGGAAAUGCAGCGCAUCACGCUGCCACUCUCUGCUUUCACCAACCCCGUGUGUGAGCUGGUGGACGAGAAGACAAUUGAGGUACACACCAACCAGACACCUGUGGAGGAGACGCAGGAUGGCAAUGCGCCCCUCAUGGGCCAGGCAGGCACUCCUGGGGCCUGAGCAGCCAGGCCACAGUGACACAGGUUGGACCUACCACAGUUCCAGCCCCUGGGCUCCCACUUGGGGACAUGGGACCUGUUUGUGUUUUGUUUUAUUUUUGGUGAAUGCCAGGGAUAGACGGGACUUGCAGAUGCAGCACAGCAGGGGCUGGGGAAGCACCAGCUGGCUUCUGAUAGCUCCAUUCCUUUCUCUUUGGAGUGAGAGGCCAGGCCUGCCAUGGGCCCCAGAUUCCAUUACCCCUGCAUGGUCUUGGCUUCCUCUUCACUGUUCCUGUCCUGUAGGGAACGGUGCACGCUGUUACUUACAUUUAAGCCUGGAAUCCUAAGGGGGAAACCUUUGCCCUGACUCAGAGAUGAUGGAGACUUGGAAUAAAGCGGUUCCCUCUCAUGGGUGGGAGCUGGGACGAGGCCUUCCCCUGUCCUGUGGUUGGGUCUCCCCCACCUUGGGAGAGCUAGAGGUCAUUUGAACAGGCAGCAGUUAAACAGAAGGUGACAGCUUGACUGGCAGCAGAAGGCAUUUGGGCCUAGGGUAGUACUUAGCUCCAGUAGCUUUCUGGGAACAGAUUUCCCCACGCUACUCAAAACAAAUCAAGGUCUUCCAGGGCCAAGGACAUGUUCUCACUCUCCUGUGCUGGUUCUCCCAAUACUCAAGAGUCCAUAUGGGCUGUCUGCUGGGACUCCUGCCAAAGCACUUAGAUCAAGCAAGCCAAAAGACAGGAGCAGUGCAAGCAGAAACCACGCUAAGCCCUGGGUGCCUGUACCUGUUUCUGAAUUCCUGUCAGAUUUUCCAAGGGCUGUUUCCUGACGGUGCCGAAGCCAGCUGCAGUGUGAGCUCGGCAGGAAAGCAAGGACCAGCACAGCAAGCACUCAGCAAACCUGCUUGCAAGCAGAGCACAACACAGUAGCUUUGUUGCAGGAUUGGCAACCUGGGCUCUGGCUCCUGUACCCAGCCUCCCACAUCUAUGCAGCAAAAGCUGACAGGCAGGUUGAUAGGGUAGCAAUUCCCCUAUCUCCUUUAAUGGCCAAAGGCCUUUGGUUUCUGGGAGUUGAGGGGGUAGUUAGGUGAUAAACUCCCCUGAACACCUACAAAGAGCUAAGCAGAGCUGCAGCCAUUGCCAGCCUACAGGGUUCAAGCCAUCGUAAGCUCUCCUAGCCAUCUGCGUGACAACUGAGGGUAGAAGAAACGCAGCAUGUAACAGCAAAGGUUUUAGUGUCAACAUUUAUUUCAAAGAGGGAAAAAUACUGAAGCUUGGUUAUUUGUACUGCCUCUGAAUACCAUUUCUUUGUAAAUGUUUUAAAUACCUCAUGAGUACAAGAUGGGGCAGAUUGUGCCACCUUGUAUUAAAGCUUAACAGAGAAUGAAA